AUAAUAAUAUGACAUAUGAGCUGCGGAUUUUUAUUUGACAAUAUAUUACUGAAUUUUAAUCACGUUCUAUACGGGAUCGGUCUUGCAAAUACUAUAUAUAGGUUGCAGGGACAAACAAGUUUUUAUUUGUAUCAAGGGCAUUUAGCAAGAUUCAAUAUGACUGGACUAUAUGCUGUUCUUGGGCUUGUUGCUUUCAUUUUGAUUGACACGGCCAGUGCCAGGAGUAAGUACCGUAUCGUGGGGUACAACUCAAGGGUCACUUCCUGGAAGGAUGCACGUGACGCGUGCCGCCGGACAAGAGGCUGGGACCUGGCUAAGAUUGAGAACAGGCAGGAGAACGAGGCCUUGAAAUAUCUCCUCGCCACGGAAUGCAACAACGGAGGUGAUGGGUGGUUCAUUGGCGGGAGGUCCGAAAAUGGCGUCUGGAAAUGGGCAGACAACUCAGAUAUGCUGUUCGAUGACUUCCCUCCCGUGCGCUCUUCUAUAAAUGGUGCCCGACCAACGUCCACGGUGAUCAAUUACGCCGUCAUAUUCAAGGGAGAUUACCAGUGGGGAUAUGUGGCCCCUCGACCUACUCCCAGAAUGGGCUACGUCUGUGAAAACAUGAACUGUUAAAAUUGUAAUUGUUAAAAUUGUAAUUGUCCAAUAAUUGUCAAAAUUGUAAUUGAUCC